AUGCCCGCAGUACACGGUGAUCUGAUGGCCCCGGUGUUCCCUACCGAGGAGUACUUUCCGGACACCAUCUUCCCACGGCAGGUGACCCUCAGGGACCGAAUCACCAUUGCGACGUUGGUCCCGUUCCCGUCGUCAGACCUAGUUCCUAGAUCCCUGCUGGGGUACCUGUCUGACCAACUGAACAAGGAAAUCGAAAAAGGAGAUACCUAUGCUAUGACAGAUCCCAUUCCGUUUAGUCUGUUUGGGCCAUACUGGUUCUCCAAUUUCGGUGCCAUCAUGCUCCUGGGCGAUAUCAAGAGCGUGGAAGAGGUUCAGGCGUUGGACCAGGCAGGAACCAAUUGGUCCAAAACUUGUCUGGGCAGCUUCAAUAUCAGACCGAACUACCCAGGCCGUAGUAAUCAUGUUUGCAAUGGCAUGUUUAUCGUCACGGAUGCUGCUCGAAACAAAGGUGUAGGUAGGCUGAUGGGUGAGACGUAUUUGGAGUGGGCUCCCCGAAUGGGGUACACGUAUGCUGUGUUUAACUUGGUCUAUGAGACUAAUGUUGCCUCAUGUCGGAUUUGGGACGCCUUGGGCUUCAAACGAAUCGGCAGAGUGCCAGGAGGUGGUAGGCUCCUAUCCAACCCGGGGCAAUUUGUCGACGCAAUCAUCUAUGGGCGGGACCUCAACCUUGAAGGUGAUGAUUCUGCUACACAAGAUCGUUUCGAGAAGAUCAGAUAUUACCUCAAGCAUGCCAAAUACCCACGGGGAGCCGAUCGGGCUGAAAAGAGUCGUCUUCGGAGUGCAGCGACGCAUUACAAGCUUAUCGGUGGUGACGAUGGGGAACCUGAGAGGCUGAUGCUGAAGGGCAAGGAGGUAGUAUCCGAUCCCCAACAGCAGUACGACAUUGCUCAAAAUAUACAUAAUGAGCACCAUGCGGGUAUCAACAAGACCACUGCGGCCAUCGCGGUCAAGUAUCAUUGGGUCAGGAUCAAGGAAACCGUCAGUCGAGUCAUACGGGAUUGUCCUGAGUGCAAGGAGACUCUCAAAACAACCCCACUGGGAUUCAGAGACGAUGACCUUCCCGAAAAUGAAGAAAGAACCACCACUUUCCAUCAACAGAAGAACGCGCCGGAUCUGACCUCGCAUGAAGUCUUGGACACGAAACUGUACAUGGACGAGUCGACAGCUGGACCAUCCACUCAAACCUCAAGUUUUCAGAAUACAAAUCCCUUCGCUCCUACGCAUGCACAUCCUAUCCAAGAACCUCUCAACACAAUAACCGACUACUCUACAAUGCCUCUUGAUCCGCAAAUGAUUGAAACCCACUCACACCUUUCUCGCUUCCCACACUACGACGCCAUGGCAGACCCCUAUUCUCACGGCUCCCACAUUCUACAACCCACGAAUUUUGACGACGAAGUACGACAUCAUGCGGUCAAUGAGUAUCAGAUGAUGGUUGAUGACACAGAUCCCAAUGGCACAGGGCUUCAGCCAGAGACGCUGGGGCUAGUACAUCCCCAUGCGAAUGAACUGCAGGACGCACAUGAGAUAUUAAAUAAAUAUGCAUACGGAGGACGACCUGAAGAUGAUUUGGACUUUACAUGA